CUACCACUCUCAUCAACGAUUAAUCGCUGCGCGCAAACUUGUCAUCGUUUGCACAAACUGUAUUUUAAUGACCCCUUGAAUGCCGAACUAGCGACAUCACCAUGUCUGACGCUGAAAUCCGCCGACUGCAGCAGGAGCGCGCCUCCACCAGAGCCAAUCCGACCAAGCAAUCGCUCACCGACAAUGCCGAUACUGACCUCUACGGAAGUGGCACUGUCGACAAAUAUGCCGGAUACAACACGUCGAUCGCCGUCAAUGAGGACGACGACAUGGAAGAUGCAGAUGGCGAAGACCAGAGCAGAAGACUGGUCGGCCAGUACACCGCCACCACCGAACAGAUGAAUGAGUACGCCAACGGAGAGGCCGACAUCCUGGUCGACCGCGAGAAGCAGGCCCAAAUCGCCAGUCGCGAAUCAGACUACCAGAAGCGUCGCUUCAACCGCCAACUCAGCCCCGAUGGCCAGAGCUACAAGGAGACCAUGCGAUUACGCGAGCUGGAGCGCGAGGAAGAGCGGGUACAAAAACUUGUAGAGGAGAAGCAGGCCAAGGGAGAGGAUGUCAUGGACGAUGUGGUUGAGCAUAAGCCAACCCUGAAGGCCGAUGAGGAAUCAACCGAAGUUUCUGCUCCUCGCAAGCGCAAGCAACGAUGGGACAGCUCGUCAGAAGAUGCCGCUGCAAAGGACGCCGUCGUUAAGGCCGAGGACGCUCCCGAAAGCAAGCGCUCAAGAUGGGACUCUACUCCUGCACCAGCAGCUUCGGCCGAGCCGAGAAAGCGUUCACGUUUCGACAUGGCUCCUUCUCUCACAGCUGCGACUCCUGUUGGUGGAAAUGCAGGUCUUGCCACUCCCAUGCAUCCCUCCCAGACACCCGCCGCUGGAGCUGGAUACGGCACCGACAUCUCUGGCAGAAAUGCCCCCCUCUCUGAUGAGGAGCUCGACAUGAUGCUCCCUGGCGAAAAAGAAGGUUACCGCGUUUUGGCAUUCCCUCCAGGAUAUGAGCCUACCCGAGUACCGGCACACAGAGUUCCCAGCACUCCCGCUUCGCUACAAGGAGGUUUCAUGAUGCAACAGCCCGUCGACCCUCGAUCACUUGGCAAGGACCUGCCAAACGAGUUGCCUGGAGUCGGUGAACUUCGCCUCAAGCCAGAGGAUAUGACUUACUUCGGAAAGCUUGUUGACGGUGCUGAUGAGAACGAGAUGAGCGUCGAUGAGCUCAAGGAGCGCAAGAUUAUGCGUUUGCUUAUCAAGGUCAAGAACGGAACUCCACCCAUGCGUAAAACUGCGCUACGUCAACUCACUGACAAUGCUCGUUCGUUCGGUGCCGGUCCGCUCUUUGAUCAGAUCCUUCCUUUGCUCAUGGAAAAGACACUCGAAGACCAAGAACGUCAUUUGCUUGUCAAGGUUAUUGACCGUAUUCUUUACAAGCUCGAUGACUUGGUCAGACCUUACACCCACAAGAUUCUGGUUGUUAUCGAACCAUUGCUGAUUGAUCAAGAUUACUACGCUCGUGUUGAAGGUCGCGAAAUUAUCUCCAACCUUGCCAAAGCUGCUGGUCUCGCACAUAUGAUUUCUACUAUGCGUCCUGACAUUGAUCAUGCGGACGAAUACGUUAGAAAUACCACUGCUCGUGCUUUCGCCGUUGUGGCUAGCGCUCUCGGUAUCCCUGCACUCCUCCCAUUCUUGCGCGCUGUGUGCAAGAGUAAGAAGUCAUGGCAAGCAAGACAUACUGGUGUUAAGAUUGUGCAACAGAUUCCUAUUCUCAUGGGCUGCGCUGUUCUGCCCCACCUGAAGGGUCUUGUUGACUGCAUAGGAGACAACUUGAACGACGAACAGACUAAGGUCCGUACCGUUACUGCACUGGCUAUUGCUGCUCUUGCCGAGGCUGCCAACCCUUACGGUAUCGAGAGUUUCGAUGACAUCCUCAACCCUCUCUGGACCGGAGCUCGCAAGCAGCGUGGUAAGGGUCUUGCAGGUUUCCUCAAGGCUGUUGGCUACGUUGUUCCUCUGAUGGACGAAGAGUUUGCCAACUACUACGUCAGUCAAAUCAUGGAGAUUCUGCUUCGUGAAUUCUCGUCACCCGAUGAGGAGAUGAAGAAGGUUGUUCUGAAGGUGUUGUCACAAUGUGCCAACACCAACGGUGUCACUGCCGCUUACUUGAAGGAGACUGUGCUUGAUGACUUUUUCAAGAGCUUCUGGGUACGAAGGAUGGCACUGGACAGACGCAACUAUGUCCAGGUUGUCGAGACCACGGGAGACCUCGGUCGAAAAGUCGGCUGUGGUGAGAUUGUGGAGAGAGUCGUUGAUAACCUGAAGGAUGAAAGCGAAGCCUACCGAAAGAUGACCAUGGAGACUAUUGAAAAGUCCAUUGCCAGCUUGGGUGCCGCAGACAUCAACGAACGACUUGAGGAGCGCUUGGUCGACGGUAUUCUGACCGCCUUCCAAGAGCAAACAGUGGAAGACAUCACUAUCUUGAACGGAUUCGGUACCGUGGUCAACGCGCUCGACACCCGAUGCACACCAUAUCUGCCUCAAAUCGCCAGUACAAUUCUCUUCCGUCUUAGCCACAAGUCAGCCACUGUCAGACAACAAGCUGCAGACUUGGUAUCACGAAUCGCCAUUGUCAUGAAGCACUGUGGACAGGAAAACUUGUUGGGUACGAUCAGCAUCAACUUGUACGAGAACUUGGGUGAAGAAUAUCCCGAAGUUCUUGGUUCAGUGCUUGGUGCGUUGCGCUCGAUCGUUACUGUCAUAGGAAUCAACCAAGUGCAACCACCCAUCAAGGAUCUGCUGCCACGCCUUACCCCCAUUCUUCGUAACCGUCACGAAAAGGUCCAAGAAAACACCAUUGACCUGGUUGGUCGUAUUGCAGACCGUGGUCCGGAAAGUGUCAACCCUCGCGAAUGGAUGCGUAUCUGCUUCGAACUUCUCGACAUGCUGAAGGCACACAAGAAGGGUAUCAGACGAGCAGCCAACAACACAUUCGGCUUCAUUGCCAAGGCCAUCGGUCCCCAAGACGUUCUGGCAACUCUGUUGAACAACUUGCGUGUGCAGGAACGUCAAUCUCGUGUUUGUACCGCCGUUGCUAUUGGCAUCGUUGCGGAAACUUGCGCGCCUUUCACCGUCCUGCCAGCUUUGAUGAAUGAGUACCGUGUUCCUGAACUCAAUGUUCAGAACGGUGUGCUGAAAUCGCUGUCCUUCCUCUUUGAGUACAUUGGCGAGAUGGCCAAGGAUUACGUCUAUGCUGUGACACCACUUCUCGAAGACGCUCUCAUCGAUCGUGAUCAAGUGCAUCGUCAAACCGCAGCUUCGGUUGUCAAGCACGUUGCUCUCGGUGUUGUUGGCCUCGGCUGUGAAGACGCCAUGCUCCAUUUGCUCAACCUGCUCUUCCCCAACAUCUUCGAGACAUCACCUCACGUCAUUGACCGCAUGGUUGAGGCAAUUGAUGCCGUACGUGUCGCUGUCGGUACCGGUGUUGUGAUGAACUAUGUUUGGGCCGGUCUCUUCCACCCUGCAAGAAAAGUCAGAACUCCUUACUGGCGACUCUACAAUGAUGCUUAUGUCCACGCCGCUGAUGCUAUGGUGCCUUACUACCCCAACCUCGAUGACGAGACCUGUGACAGGUUCGAGUUGAUGGCUAUCUUCUAGACACAACACUGGACACGAAAGUUCAAAGGGCAAAGAGAAGAUGGGCUGAUGUUCCUUUAAUAGUGGCGUUUAUAACUGGUCGCAAGGGAUAAGGUAGUCGCUAGGGGAGUAGUAUUGGUGUAGAGAUUAGUUUAGCCGGCACACGGCAAUUGUUUUUACGAAUAUCAAGCAUAAAUACUUCAUGAUUAUUCUCAACCA